ACCAUUGCACAUCCACUCGUCUCUUUAUUGUUAUCUGCGAGAAGUGAGAAGUAGAAGCAAAACAGCGAUGGACGGCGGCGGCGGCGGCGGCGGCGAUGGGUGGAGCGAGGCGGUGGAGGACCUGGUGGAGCAGGGCGACGUCGAUGGGGCGAUCUCCGUCCUCGAGUCCGUCGUAUCGAAGCUCGAAACCCGGUCCCCGCCGUCCGACGACCUCCGCCUCGCCUCCGCCCUCAGCGUCCUCGCCGACCUCCACUCCUCCCGCAGCUUCUCCCUCAAGGCCGAUGAACUUCGCUUCCGCGCCCUCGCCCUCCGCGCCCCCCCAAGAUUAGGGGACUCUAAGCCGGCGAAGGAGAAAGAACCACCAAAAGAAGAAAUCAGGGCUUCCGGUCCUUCAAACAACCAAGACGGAGAUGGCGAUGAUUGGGAGGCCAUUGCUGACCGUGGGGCAUCAGAGGAGGUGUUGCUCUCCUUGCGGAACGAAGCAGCUUCGAGUCCUUCAAGGGAUGAUCCCGAACCACUAGUAACUCCUAAACGGAAAGGAAGGGGGUCGUUCUUGUACCAGAAGAGCUAUAUGUACUGUGACCAGCCAGACAUUGAGACCGCUUUAGAGGACAAUUCUCGGUUGGAGAAUGAAACAGAGGAUCGUGGACAUUGUCUCGAGGAUGAGUCGACCGAAACUAGAAACUCAAGAUUUGGUACCAGCCAUGUUCUUGUUCUGUAUGAUUUCCCUCCUAGUACUCGAACAAUGGAUUUAGAGAAGCUCUUCGAGAAGUUUAAAGAUCGUGGGGUUGCUAUACGCUGGGUUAAUGAUACCGUUGCACUUGCAGUCUUUCGAGCAUCCACCAUUGCACAUGAGGCCCAGAUGAACCUUAAUUGCCCAUUCAAAGUCCGUCCACUUAUUGAGGAUGACGACCUGCUGACCCAGCUCACCAACAAAGAUCUGGAACCUCCUUAUCCAAGGCCAAAAACAUCAGCAAGAACAGCCGAGAGGUUGAUUGCUCAAGGAAUGGGAAUAAAGCCCCCUACAAAAUUUGGGUCUUCUGAGUUGAGAAAGCAGGAAGAAGCAAGAAAGAAUCGUAUACAUGCUCGUCGAACCUUGCGUGAUGAUGCAUGGGGCUCUGACAACCCAUAGCAGUGCUCUUUAUUAUAUUAUGCUCAACUGCUUCUGCGUUGCCCUUCUGUGUUGCUCCACUGACAGACGUCAUUUUGAUUGGGUUUUCAUGCGAUCGGUGAACUGGAGGCAACAUCUUGCGGCUCUCGGAGGGGGCAUCAUUGCCCGAGUCAUCUAUCACCAUAAGUGGUUUUAUCUAUUCUUUUUUUUUUCUGCGGUGAGCAGUAUUUGGUGGAGGAUGCGUGCAGAGGGCAAGUUUCUAUUGCGUUACUCUGCACCAUUUAUGCUGAACUUAGGAAACUACUCUAUAAGAAGUGCUUUAAUUCUUGCCCCUUUUUUUUUUAAUGAUAAGAGCUAUGGAAAGAAUCUUUAUAAUUUUUCUACUGUACAUUUGGUUAGGUCCUA